AUUAAUUUUGGAGUUUAUCGAAAUGAUAAAAUAUCUCAUAUUUCAUUUUUGUAUACAUUAAGUAUAAAUAAGACGAUAAACAUAUUUUGAAAGGUGAUUAUUAUUAAUUUAACAAAAAAUUUGCUUUGCGAUGUCAAAUCCAAAACGUGUUUUUCACCAAACGAAUCUAAAUAUUUACACGUUGUCAUGGUGAAGCUGUCAUAAAUAAGGCUAAUUGGUAUUUUCACGUUGCAUGUGCGUUGUUUACCGAGAGACACUGUUAAUGUUACGUAUGGUGAAAUAAUAAAUUAUGUGCUAAGAUUUGUAGUGUAAAAAUGUAUUAUAUGUAUCCUCUUAACUUAUAAGACCAUUAACUUUCAGGUUUUCACCGCCAUAAUAAUAUUUUAUUGGCAUAAUGUAGACUAUAGUUAUAGUUAAGUCCUUUUUUAUUUCACCGGCUAUUUAUAUCAAUUUAUUAAAAUUAAUUGUUAAAAAUCUUAAUAUUAAUAUGGCAUAUUUAAUCCGCAUAUGGCUAAGCCCCACGCCCACAUGUCUAUGCCUAUAGACUAUAGACUAUAGAGUAUUGAGACUCUUAUCAUUGCGUAAUUAUACAUUUAUUCAUGAUUUUCAUGUGAUUUCAUGCAUUGGAGGUAAUAAAAUACUAUUUGUUAUAUAAACAUUAUUCACUGAAUCUAACAGUUUUGUUUUUAAAAGCUGACCAAAAAAAAUGGCAUAAUAAUUUAUUUAUUUUUUUUUCAUAUUUUUUAGUGGUUACAAAACAUCUCACAGAUUAAAGUUCAAAUAAUCUACUAUCAUUAGUGACAAAAAAAAUGGAGGAUUAUGAUUGUUCGCCAUCACUCCUGCAAACACAACCAGGAGAAAUUGAGAUGGAGAGAACAGAGCAUAGUUUGUUACCUCCGCCUCCAGUCUUGGAAAGCUUACGAAGCAAACUCCUGGCACACUACAAGAAAGGUGUAAAUAAACCAAGUCUAAAGAUUUUGAGCUCUCCACUUACCCCAGAGACUGUUAACAGGUAAAGCCAUUUUAAAAAAAAUACAUCUAAUUCAUAUCAUACGAGUCAAUUUAAAAAUAGUGGCUGGAUUAUUACAAGAAAGUUAUGAAAUCACAAAGCAUGUAAAAACACAUUAUAAAAAUUAAAGGUUUUAAAAGAUACAGUAAUUGAAAUCAAUCUGUAAAUUUACUGUAAGUCUGUAAAAAUUUGACACAAAAUGACUUGUCUGUGUAGGUCCAUAACAACUUUUAGGCAGUCCAUGAAAAACAUGAAAAGUUUUCCAGAACGCCUUUGACGGGGAAAGAAUGGUAUUUUCAGUAUUUUUUUCUCGCUAGCUUUAAAUUUGUGUUAUCCUUAGCAAAGGAAAUUAAACAGUGAUCAGAAUAUCAUUCAAUAAAAUAACUCUUCUGAUACUGAUAAGAUUAUGCAUCAUUUGACAUAGAGUAAUUACUUGAUAGAGAUAUACUCUCUAAUAUAAUAAUUAUUUUAAUUGUUUUUUGUUCAAUAUUUUAAACAAAUUUAUAAUAGAUUUUUAAAAAUGAGCAAAAUUAUUCCGCAGUAAAAUAUUUUGUGUUUAAAAAUGGUGAAGAUUUUAAUACUUGUCUGUAAUUUAUAUCUUACUGAGUUGUCAACCCUGAUCAAAAUACAAAUAUUAGUAGGCGUUUAUAAUUUAUACAAAUUACUUUUAACAAAGCCAAAUUACGUUAAUGUAAAUGGUUUUUUUCCCACCACUGUUAUAAAAAUUGUAAGUGAUCCCUUCAUGUAGGCUAGCCAUAAAUUAAUUAUUUCUAAGAUUAAUUAUUUUAUUGUCAUUUGUAAUUGAAUCAAAUAGGGGGAUUGGUAGGUUGUAUCAUUCGUCAGCAUUCAAAUUAUCCAUAUAAAUUUAAAGGUUAUUAAUUUUUUACUCUUUUAUAAUGUAACUAAACUGAAGCUCAUAAUGCAAAUUUCAUUUUGGGGGAAUUGGGGGGGGGGGGGGGGGGUUUGAAAUUCACCUAAAUAUUAUAUGACAAUUAAUACAUUGAAAUUAAUCAAUUUUAAUUUUAGCUUUCACUAUAGAGAUAGAGAUAUAUGUAUGACUAUUUUAUAACGCAGUCUUAAUUAAAUAUUUUGCUUUGUUCUGAAAGAUGUAAAUUAUGUAUGAUUAUUUUAUAACACAGUCUUAAUUCCAUAUUUUCCAGAAUAGCAGUUCCACUAUUUUUAUUUACAGUCUUCUCCUGUCUCAAGAUUGGCUUCUGGCAUGUUAUGCCCCUGAUGUAUGAAGGCAAUGACAAUAUUAUUCUGCUACAGCAAGCCAUUGUUGUGUUCUUGUUUACCGAGCUCAUGAUCUUCUGGCUCGGGAUUAGAUAUGUUGACUCUUCAUAUGUUAGGCACAUACAAAAAUUAGGCAAUCCCAGGGUGAAAAAGACAUUUAUCAACCAUGCGCUAUUACAUCAGGUAGUAUUAGAUGAUAAUUAAAUUUUAACAAUAAAUUAAUUUAAAAAAUAUACAACAAUAUAUUUUUCUAUAUUGCCUGAUAAGUUCUGAAAACUCAAAAAAUAAAUUCUGAUUUUCCAUAAAUGUUAACUGAUUAGCUAUAACAUUUUAUUCAUAAAUUUUAUAUUAAUUUUUUUUUUCAAAUGCUAUAACUAUAUAAAUUAUAGGGUCUACAUAUGAAAUAUGUAUGCAUGUAACAUUUCUUUAUUUUAAAAUGAUGUUUUAGAGCAUAGCUGGCUGACUCUAAAGGGCUUUUGAGCCAUUUUGAUAAGGAGUCAACUCCCUUCUGGUCACAUGUCAGAUCAAAUAAAAUAAUCUCCAAGAAAACUAUGUGAAGAAUAAUUUACUUAUUCUUAAUGCACAUCAUUCUCGUUUGAUUCACACAAAAGAAAACACACCCACAUUUGCAGCUUAUACGAAUCAAUAAAUUGUAUAGAUUUAAGUGAAAAAUAACUAUUUUUCCAAUAUAAAUUAUAAUUCAUUUAUUUAAAAUGAACCGUCAUAACAAGAAUGAAAAGGAGCGCUAAUUGAAUAAAGAAAGAAGAGAUUCAUUUAUGAUACAUCAGGCAUGAGGCCAGCCGCAAUAUUUAACAUGCCAGGCUACAAGCAUGCCAUGGGCAGUCCAUCACUGUUCUAGAGCAUGAUUAAAUUAGUAUUACCUUUUAAAAAGUCUUUAAGUUUUCCUGUUAUUUUACUAAAAUGUUACUUUUUUGGUGAUAAUAGAAUAAUACCAUAAUAAAAUAAUUUAAGAACAAAAAUAUUUUUGUACUAAAAUCUAAAUAAAUUCUGCCAUGUAAAACUGAUGAUAUAGAAUGAUUUUUUUAGUUGAAAUUCUUAAGUUUUAAUUUACAUGAUCAGAAAUUAACUUGUUUAUUCGAUGUCUUGCUCAUAGAAGAAUCAACAGGAUAACUCAACUGCAGUACUCAUGCCACUAUUCAAAGACAAUGGCUCACAUAUGGAUGGAUCCCAAGCCAGGACCAAUGACACAAGACAGUUGUUUGUACAGCAGAUGACAACCAGUGAACUAGAUUUAAACACAGAGGCUGAACAAGCAAAUAAAGAAAUGAAUAAGAUUAAUGAACAAAUUAACAGCAGAUCCAUAGAUGAUCUCAUCAAUGUGUCAGACAGUAGAACCAAUGUGUCAGAUAGUAAAUCUAUAGCCGAUCUCAUCAGUGUGUCAGAAACCAACACAAAGUUGUCUGACUAUACAGGAAGUCUUUUAGAAAGCUCCAGCCAAGAUGAUAAAGAAUUUACUUCUCCAAAACCUGUAAUCACAACGGAUGGAAAGACCAUAAUAAAAUCCUACCCAUACUGGUCUUGGGUGCCAUGUUAUGACUGCGGCAGAGCUCGACCACCGCGAUGCCACCACUGUCCUAUCUGUCAUACAUGUGUCUUAAAACGUGACCACCACUGCUUUUUUGCUGGUUCAUGUGUAGGUUAUCGCAACCACAGGUUUUUCUUUGUGUUUCUACUCUACGCAUUUGUUGGCUGCAUUUACGCAACGAUCCAUGGCUUCCCCUACAUAUUUUUUUACUUGUGGGAUGAGAUGUCAUAUGCUGAUAUUUUUUUUCCAUUUGCCAUAGUACGAUUUAUAUUAGGGUACCUGUCUUUUCAUGCAGCUCUCUCAGUAACUACACUUUCAUUGCUGCUCUAUUUUGACGUCCUGACUGUUGUGUUUAUUUAUGCAAACUGCCACUUAAUAUCGUCCGGACUCACAGCAUUUGAAAAAGCUUUCCUGAAUAGGUCAUUGGAGAUAAAGGACACUAGAAAUCUGAGACAGAAAAUUCAAGCCGUGUUUGGGGCUUAUUGGGCGUUGGGUUUUAUUCUGCCAACAUUUUUUGUGUUUGAGCCUGCGGAGAAUCCCGUUGACUGGCCUGACAUUAUGGUGAAAAAACAUUAAUAGUUUUUUAAAACAACAAAAUUGAGCAAUUCAAAUUAGAGCAUCUGUGUUUACUUAAGACAAAAGUUUUAUAUUUGUGUCUGGAUCUGUGAGCAGAUAUGUCUCUAGCCUACCCAUCAUUAUACUCCCACAAAUACUCUUUUCAUCUUUUAAUGUGUAUGCCGGUAAUGAUUAUUUAAUAAAAGCACUAAGUGAUACACUCUAAUAAAAUCUAAUCUUUGGUGGAUUUCCAUUCAAUUUCAUCACAGAUCACACAUUUUUAAAAUUGAUAUUAAGUCAUUAUCUAUAACAAAUGCUUUCUUUUAUUUAAAAGAUUCUUCAUUUUAAUAAAUUC